AUGGGAAGCUCUCGUGGAAGGGGUAGACCGCCGAAGAAGAUGACUCAAUCGACGGGAACGAAACAUGGAGAUGGCUCAACUACGCCGGUGACUGCAGCAAUACCGGAAGAACAUGGGACGGUGAUUACUGAAUCGGAUCUUGAUAAGCAAGUGACGGAUAGUGACGGAAAAGGGAAAAGCAAAGAUGAACCUAGGGUGGAAGAACAGAUGAAGACGAAACCUAUUGGGGAUCAGAACAAGCUUUGGGUUGAUGUUAUCAGUGGUAAUAGGCAAACAACAAAUGGAAAGCAACUUCAAUUUGUUGCUCCAAAGAUAAAGGAGGGAAUUGUUGAAGUUGAAAUUGAAGAAAAAUAUGUGGAAGCGGAAAUUAGGUUUUGGGAGAACUCGUUGAUCAUGUAUGUGAUUGGUACCAAUUUGAGCAUGAAUGCGAUGAAGAAUUAUAUGAGUCGUAUGUGGAACUUUGUUGCGCUGCCUGACAUGUUCUACAAUGAUGAAGGCUAUUUCAUACUCAAAUUCAAGAAUGGUGAUGAUAGAGAUGAAGUUCUGAUGAAAGGUCCAUACACUUUUCAGAACAAACUAAUGAUUCUUUUGGAAUGGAGGCAUGAUUUUACCAUGGCAAAGGAUAUGCUCAGAUCGAUCCCAAUUUGGAUUAAACUACCAGGUCUUCCUCUACCUAUGUGGGGUGCUCAAAGUUUAGGGAAGAUUGGAAGUGCUGUGGGAAUACCCUUGUUCACGGAUGAGUGCACAGCAGAGAAACUUCGUGUGAGUUAUGCUAGGCUUCUGGUGGAGGUGGAUGUCACGCAGAAAUUGUGUGAAGAAAUUUCCAUCAGAGACCAUGAAGGGAGAGUAAGAAAACAGAAGGUUGAAUAUGAAUGGAGGCCUCAGUAUUGUGAAAGAUGCCAAAAAAUAGGCCAUGUAUGCUCCACUGAUAAGAAACCUCCUAUCAAAGUAUGGCAAGCUAAGACAACAAAGGUAGAUGAGGUGAAUGAAGUUAGUGACUCGUGA